CAGGGUGAACUAGCCUCUAGCAUGUACAUCGUGUUGUCGCGGGGACAAGAAUGCCGAUAGAAGGACGGCGAGCGACAGAUUGUAGAGAUAAAGUGUCACUCACAGCUCGAAGCUUAAACCGGGAGAUAAAUCAUCAAAUUCGUGCAGCACCCGAGAGGUCCGAGGGCCUGGCAUACAAGAUAUGAGUUACGUUGGUGGGCAGCUGGCUGACCCGUGGAGACAACCGGUGGAAUAUGCAACCGCACUUUCGAGGUGGUUUUGCGGAACAAUGCUAGUAAUGCGAUAUCCACUGCGGGUAGAUAUCACCAUGAAACUACCAGUAUGUAUUAUCUCCUGCAGUAGGCAGAUCAAAUAGAAGGAAGAUAUAGUUGUUUCUGUCAUAGAGAGCGUUUGUGUUGAAGUUACUACACAAGGUAGUAACCCCAUUAGAGGGUUCAAACUCAUCUAACAAACUCGACCGGAUUCAACCCUGACGCCUUCAGAUUGAUCGAUGAGAUUUAGAGGGUCUCCGUCCUCUCUUCUGCUUCUCAACGCCUCCUCAUGGUCACUACGCGCCGCAUCAUGGAACAAGAAUAUCGCACUACCGCACCCCAAACACUAUGCCACCGAAAAUUCAAAACAAGACGAUAGCAAACCAUCAUGGAUUCACAUCGCCGCACUUGGAUUUUCAUCAUGGAUACAUUCGCAUAGGAGUACUGUAGCACCGCAGCCCGCCCAAGGUUCAACAGGCGGGACGAAGCUGUGGGUUCACUAUACUGCACUUGGGUUACAGAGAGAUGCUUCGCAGGACCAGAUUAAACGAAGCUACUACGAGCUGAGCAAGUUACAUCAUCCUGACGUUUCUCAAGACCCAAGUUCCCCCGAGAUUUUCAGGAAGGUUACGGAGGCUUAUACUGUACUUGGAAAGAAGAAGACUCGACGGAAAUACGAUCAAAACGAGCAGCUGCAUUCUGCUCUUAUCACAGGAUUGCGAGAUCAAUGGUCGGGCCAACCGCCCUCAUCUUCACCCCGGCCGCUUGAUCCUACAUACUGGAACCCAAUCAAGUUAGGCUCAUCGACGUUCUAUCGUCCACCUGCUGGAUACUGGACGGCGAUGAACAAGCUCAUGCGAGAUAGGGAGAAAGAGAGGGAGAAGGAGAAGUUGCAAGCUCAGGCAACUUCGUCCUCUCCUCAGAAACCCACGCCUUCUCAUGAUAGACCGAAAGGACAUGAGACUCAAAUUCGGUUUAGCGAAGUCAGACUGAAAUUAUUCCUUGCAUGCUUCUCCACGGUAUUUACAUUGGUCAUUAUGGGGCAAGGGGUCGAGGAGUUACUUGCAUAUGCCAGGGCCUCUUUGGUGCGAUUACUGCAAGAGAACGAGAGCGACGGCAGCGCAGGACGCAUAGAAGACCCUACGUCACAAGCUACUGACGCCUCCCCAGAUGGAUAA